AUGAGCGCUUUGCCGACCUCCGCCCACCUCCCUCGCCCCGCCCGUCGCCCUCGCCGCCUCCCCGCCCGUCGCCCUCGUUCCUCCGCCCGCCCUCGCUUCUCCCAUCCCGUCGACCUCGCUUCCCUCGCCCGUCGACCUCACUUCCCUCGCCCGUCGCUCUCGCUUUCCCCGCCUACCACCCUCGCCUCGCCCGUCGCCCUCGCCGCUUCCCCGCUCGUCGCCUUCGGUUCCUCCGCCCGUCGCCCUCGCUUCCCCCGCCCGUCGCCCUCGCUUCCCCUCUUCAUCGCUCGCCCGGUCGACCUUUCCUCUCCCACCUGUCGCUGCGUCGACGUCGUUCUCAUUCCCGCCGCCGACUCUUCAUCGAUCUUCCAUCUUAUUCGCCCUCUCUUCCUCUCCCCGUCGCCCAUGCCCAUUCCCCUCUCUCGCAUCGACGUCCUGCAUCCUUCCCGCCUACCCUCUUCUCCCUGUUCCACUCUCUUCUUAGCGCGCCUCUCUCUCCUACUCCCGUAUCCCCUAUCUACUGCCUUCGCCAAGCCUGACUGUCCUCCUCUCUUCCCCCUCUCCUCUCUUCCCCCUCUCCUCUCUUCCCCCUGUCCUCCUCUCUUCCCCCUGUCCUCCUCUCUUCCCUCUCUCCUCUCUUCCCCCUGUCCUCCUCUCUUCCCCCUGUCUUCCUCUCUUCCCCCUGUCCUCCUCUCUUCCCCCUGUCCUCCUCUCUUCCCCCUGUCCUCCUCUCUUCCCCCUGUCCUCCUCUCUUCCCACUGUCCUCCUCCCUUCCCCCUCUCCCCCUCUCUUCCCCCUGUCCUCCUCUCUUCCCCCUGUCCUCCUCUCUUCCCCCUGUCCUCCUCUCUUCCCCCUGUCCUCCUCUCUUCCCCCUGUCCUCCUCUCUUCCCCCUCUCCUCUCUUCCCCCUGUCCUCCUCUCUUCCCCCUGUCCUCCUCUCUUCCCCCUGUCCUCCUCUCUUCCCCAUGACCUCCUCUCUUCCCCCUGUCCUCCUCUCUUCCCACUGUCCUCCUCUCUUCCCCCUCUCCUCCUCUCUUCCCCCUCUCCUCCUCCUCCUCCCUUCCUCCCCUCUCAUCCCUUCCCCCCCACUCUCUUCCCUUACUUCCCACUCUCAUCCCUUCCUCCCCUCUCUCAUCCAGUCCUUCACACAUUCCCUCUCAUUGUGAGCUAUGCUUUGCAGCAUGGAGCAACCAAGUACGAUUUGAUUUCAUUUGAAGCUACUGUGUGCCCCAUUGUGACAUCCAACGGCAUAUGA